AUGUUCUGCAACGCCCCCGUCGACGCCCUGCGCUGCACGUCUGACCGCUUGGCCCUGGGGGACUGCGGGCUGCAUCGGUACUGGGAGCCUCUCGAGGAGGUAUACAGGUACUUCGACACGUCUACGCUGGGUGGCCGCAAAGACGCAAGGACGGAUUACUGCCCCGUCAUCACGCCGACCGCCGACACGGUUUGCGCAGGUGGGAAGAGGAAACUGAUGCCAGGGAGUCUCUUGGGCCCGAGGUCGCGGUGCCUGAAUGGUAAAUCCAUUGUGCUGAAGGAAACGCGUGCUGGCUCUCCGCCUGUUGGUGAUGUGUGCGCCGAGGUGAGGUGCGCUGGCGGUGCCGUGCAGGUGAAGUACCUGGGCAGUGAGAAAUGGCACAAGUGCAACGAAAAAGGUUGGAUUGAUCUGUCUGGAUCGUCUGCGUUCCAGCGUGGUCAGAUUGUUUGCCCCCGAUACGAUGAGGUCUGCACGGAGGCUCAGACGACUCGUAAAGCCACCAAGCGUCAAGCUCCCACCCGCACGGGGAAAGGGAAUGUGGUAGUCAGGCGAUGA